AUGGGCGCACUCCUCUCCUGCUUCAGCUCCUCAAAUUCGAAGUCCUUCAAGCAAGCAACAGAAGCGCCGUUAGCUACGGCCAAUCCACAGCCAACAUUAAGCUCCUCACAGCAGCAGCAGCAGCCGGCAGCGCUGCGCGAGGGGUUGGCAGACGAGCACUUGGCUUCCGUGCCGCCGCCCACCACAACACGGGCACAGACACAGACGCAAAACGAGACGCAAGCGCGUGCAGAGGGCGUGGACAGCGAGUCGAACGCGGUCCGGAACGUGGCUGCCGGGGCGCCGGUACCUAUUGCGGAUCCCGAAGGCGAAGGCGCAGGCAAGAUGGCGACAGAGGACGAGUACAUGUCCUUCCUGGACAAGGCCAACCGGGACCCGGGCGAGGGCGUGGUAGAGGGGAAGAGCGAGGGCGGGGGGAACGAGGUGAAGGGGCUGAAGGCUGUAGAUGAGGCAGUGGAAGUGCCUCAGGCUAUUAGGAGGGUGCUGGGGAAGAACGAGAGCUUUUACGUCUCUGAUGCUGAUGAGCCGUUCGUCGGGGUUGCGUUGAAGCUGGGCAAGGGAGAGGAGGGGUUGCCUGAUGAAACUACGUUCGCAAAGCUGGUCCAGCAUCCGAGGCCUGACGAAGCGGAUGUUCAGAUCAUGGAUAUUGGGGAGUGGGAUCCGCAGGGGCAAUAUAAGGAUGUGGUUGAUGCUACGAGGGAGUCUGCGAAUGGGGGUGAUGUCCGGGUGUACAUGAUUGCGAGGGAUGGACCAAGAGUGGAGUAUUGGGUUGUUGGCGUUGAGGGGGGCCGGCUGGUGGGUGUCAAGGCGCUGGCUAUUGAGAGUUGA